AUGCAAGCUGUUGGGCGAGAAAGCGAUGAGGAAGUGCCACCAGCAAUGUGCGACAUGGACGCGCCGUGUUCAGCCAAUGGCAAGUUUGACGUGGCAAACGGCAUUUUUCCUGAAUGCAUUGUUUGGUGCUGGAUUGCCGGCUGCACUCAGUGCACCGGAGGACUGGUUGGGCACAUGGGAAUCACCAACUCAAGGGGUGAGGUCUGGGAGUUGGUUGGCCUUGGUGCUGAAAGAAACCAUGGUCAGUUGGCCUUUGGCCCGAUUGUCCGCUACAUCCCUUUGAGCCCAAAACUCAUUGGAAGGGGAACCUGCGACGAGGGCAUCGAACGGGCCAUUUCCAAGUAUCGGAAUCAGAGUUGUAGCCCCUUGAACAACUGCCAUUGCUUCGUGGCAGCGUGCCUUUCAGAGAUGAAAUUCCUUGGCAUCCCUUGUUGGGGAGCUAUUUGGCCACUACUGGCAGUCAUGAUUUGGGUUUGUGGAAUCUUCCCACUGCGGUGGCAGAGUGCUGCGUGCCUACUCUCUACAGCAGUGGCGAUGGCCGCAGUCGUGUGUCUCUUCAUUUUCCUGAGAUAA